AUGGCGACAACAACAACAGAGACUCUAACCUCAAGAAGGCACCCAAAUCCCACCGCUAAGCUUGUAUGCUUCUCUUUUGCAGCCUAUGCCAAAACCCUAAUAGACCACCUCAAGUCUCUCAACAUCCCUGUCCUCCCUGGCCUCACUGAUCAUGAAUUCACCUCCAUUGAAUCCACCUUCCAUUUCUCUUUUCCUCCUGACCUUCGCUCCAUUCUCCAAGAAGGCCUUCCUGUUGGUCCUCAGUUCCCUAACUGGCGCUCAUCCUCUCUUCAGCAACUCAAAAUUUUAUUAAACCUGCCUUUCUUGAACCUCUCCAAGAACAUCUUCCACAACAACUUCUGGGUCCAUUCUUGGGGUAAUAAACCGGCUGAUAGCAACCGAGCAUUUGAUAUAGCGAAGAGGUUCUUCAAAAAAGCUCCGGUUCUUGUACCCAUAUAUGGCAACUGUUACAUUCCUUCCACGCCGAACACCGCCGGGAACCCGGUGUUUUAUGUCGAUGAUGGCGGUGUGCGUGUUUUGAGCUUUGAUGUUGCCAGGUUCUUUCAAGAGGUUGAAUUCUUGCAAACAGGUGUUCAUUUUAUUAGGCCGGGGAUUUUGCCAAGAAAUCAGAAGAUACCCAUCAAUGUGCCGGCCUGGGCCGCGACAGCAGCGCGGAGGAUUGAAUUUUGGACGGAGGUGGCCGAGAGAGGCAGGAAAAUGGUGGCGCGUGAUGACACGCACAGGUGGUGGAGUGGUAAGGAUUCAGUUUACUGGGAGUUAGGGGAUUGUUUAGAGGACGCGUUUUGGAAGCUGAGAGAUGGAGGUUGGAGAGAGGAGGAGGUAAGGGAGAUGAUGAUGAUGAACGGUUGUGAUCGCGAAAGAGAGAAGGGCCGUGGGGUCAAGUUCGGCAAAGAAGAUGUGGGGUGGCAAGUGAGGGUGUUGUCGCUGGUGUUAUUGCGCGCGGGAUGGAGCACGGAAGAUGUUGCAUAUUCGCUUGAUCUUCAAGAUCAUGAUGAUAGUCUUAGUAGCUGUGUUGGCAAAUUUUCUUUAGACUUCCAAAUUCCGAACAAUAGCUGUUCCAGGCAGGAUGAUGAUCAUCAAAAGGGCAGUUUGAAGCAGUUGAUGAACCUUCGAUCUCUUGAGGUGUGA